UCACAGAACAAAAUAAGUAUCCCAACGGCGACGUCAACGCAUCAUUUUCUCUGGAAGACAGCGAAAACACGAGAAAACACUGGGACCAAAGAUUUAAGGCUACAUUAAAGAUCUCACUAAAGAAGAAGGAAGUCACAUUUGAUUACAUUAUCGAAAAUAAAGAUUCCAAACCUUUCACAUGCUCCCCUAUGCUUCAAAAUCAUUUCCUUGUCGAUGACGUCACAAAUACAUCAGUUUUGGGACUUCAAGAAGCAGAUUCUUCAGAUGAGAUAAAUUACAGUUUCACAACAUCAGAGUGCGGUGAAAGGGUCUCAAUUGAUGGCCCGCAUAACAGUGUGUACAGCAAUACAUCGUCAGAGCACGUACUGAAGAAUACACAAGACAGUGCUUCACUUUUCAUCCGAAAAUGGAACUUACCAGACACGGUCAUCUGGAAUCCAUGGGAGGGGACCAACCAAGGUAGUCAUGACGUCACAAGUGAUGAGUACAAGGAAAUGAUCUGUGUCGGAUGUGGUCACGUGACUCAACCAUUGACUCUCCUGCCCGGUGCCAUCUUUCAAGCAAGUCAAACGCUCACCACGGAAUAAUGUCCCCGAAAUACCCGUUUCAAUUAGCCCCACACAAUUACAACCAUGGGUCCGUUUCAUCAUGGACCUACUAGUAGGUCCAUGGUUUCAUGAAGCUAACAAUUUUAUAAUAAUAGUUAAAAGCUACUGAAAUCCUUCCAUCUGAUUGGCUGAUUGUAAAUUUGUAAUAUCAAUUAAAGUCUUUAUGAAACGAGACCCUGCAUGGUAAAAGAAGAUAUAAAUGUCAGAAGUUGAUAAGAAGAUUGAAAUAACUAGUCUACUUCUGUAUAUCUUUACAUUUAUUCUUUCUUUUGACUUAAUUACGAGGAUUUCUGACCAACCCAUGGCUAUGGGAGUCGUGAAUGAGUCUUAAAGUUUAUUACUGGUAAAAAUAAUUUAGAAUUGUA